AAAUAUCAGCCGCCCAUUGACAGUGAGAAAUUUAUGGAAACAUCGCUUCCUGUAAACCAUGCAGUUGGUGAUCUUACAACCAUGGAGCACCGCAGUCUCUGUACAGGCAAUGCCGUCAACAAAAAGACUCAUCGAUCACAAAUUGAAAUCAUCCCCUGUAAAAUUUGUGGAGAUAAAUCCUCGGGAAUCCAUUAUGGAGUCAUCACUUGUGAAGGCUGCAAGGGGUUCUUCAGAAGAAGCCAGCAGAACAGUGUUUCGUACACCUGCUCCCGACAACAGAACUGCCCGAUCGACCGCACCAGCCGCAAUCGCUGCCAGCACUGUCGGCUGCACAAGUGCCUGGAGCUCGGCAUGUCCCGAGAUGCCGUGAAAUUCGGCCGCAUGUCCAAGAAACAGAGGGACAGCCUGCACGCCGAGGUCCAGAGGCAUCGCAUGGAGCAGGAGAGGCAGCCAGGCAAGCCCGAGGCGCCAGAUUUGGCCUACUCUCCCGGUGCUUCUGUGCUGGGCCAGGCCAGGUUGGGUCAGGACCCCUUCCCCAGUGGACAGGGUCCCGGUCCGGGGGUGCCGGAGAUCGGUGGCCAGCCCUACGGCCCAGCGGAGGUGCCGCUACCUCAGCCUGGCCUGCAGCUGGUGGAAGCAAAGCCGGAGGGAGGGCCAGAGUUCCUGGCCCGGCACGGCCUCCCGCGACUGCAGGCCGGCGCGCUGAGCUCGGAGCUGGACCGUGUGAUCCAGAACGUGGUGAAGUCUCACCGGGAGACCUGCCAGUUCCUGCCCGAGCAGCUGCACGCCCUGCGCUGGAAGGUCUUCUCACAGGCGGAGGUCGAGGGCUACCAGAAGAAGUCCGCCGCGGAGAUGUGGCAGAAGUCAGCUCACGCCAUCACCGGCGCCAUCCAGUACGUGGUGGAGUUUGCCAAACGCAUUGACGGGUUCCUAGACCUCUGUCAGAACGACCAGAUCGUGCUGCUGAAAGCAGGGUCCCUGGAGGUGGUGCUGCUGAGGAUGUGUCGCGCCUUCAACCCCACCAACAACACUGUCUUCUUCGAGGGCAAGUUCGCUGGACCCGAGCUCUUCCACUCCUUGGGUUGCAAAGAUUUGAUCAGCAUGAUAUUUGAGUUUUCCCACGGGAUGUGCUCGCUGCGUCUCUCCGAGCAGGAACUUGCCCUCUUCUGUGCCACGGUGCUGAUAUCCACAGAUCGAAUGUGGCUUCAGGAGAAGUUCAAAGUGGAGCGCCUGCAGAACAGCCUGCAGCUGGCCUUCAAACACGUCCUGCUGAGAGACCACCGGGAGCCCAUCCUCGCCAAGGUAGGCAGUCGUCCCCGGCAACGGGGCUUAGCGCCACGGCACGGCCGCGUCCCCCUCCUUCCUGACUCAGUCCAGCCGGGGCUCUUCGACUCUGAGGGGCAUCCCGUUUGAGCCUGACCUCUCGUCGGA